AUGUGCUCCUAUGUACUACCUGUUGCUUUACGUAGGACCCUACUGGCGUUCAAUACGGGGCCAACUUUUGGUCGCGCCUGCGCUCUUCCUUCCCGGGCUGUUCAAGCCCAGCCUCCCGUUGCCCUUGGCGACCGCCUGGCACCGCCCUUCCCGCACAGCGACGCCGCUCGACCGCAACUGCGGGCAAAGGCUUCGCGUGGCGUCACUUCCGCCCGCCGCGAGCGGAAGCCCGCAAACUCUCGCGAGAGGCCCCCCCUCGCUCCUUUUGUUUUCGGCGUCGGGCCUUUCCGUCCCGGGCGGCCAAGUCCCGUCUCUGCCCGCGCCUCGCUCGAGGGAGGAAGAAGCCCCGGCCGCCGCUCGAAGGCGGCCGGCGAGCGCGGCGGGACCCGGAGCUCCCCUGGCGAGGCGGCGAGAGAGGCGGUGCUGGAAGGGAGGCCGGAGCGCUCGUGGCUCCCCGGCGGAGAAGAACCAUCAAGGAUGAGUCCAGCACCUGAGCCCCUCGUGAAGUGCCUUCAGGCUAAGAAGGAUUUGGAGACUGCAAUUGCUGGCAUAGUCAAGGCAGAGCAGCAAGUGAAAGACAAUUGGAAAGAGGUCAAAGCUCAGAUUCACAGCUGCAUCAGCCGCCACCUGGAGUGCUUGCGCAGCCGCGAAGUGUGGCUCGUAGAACAGGUGGAUCUCAUCCAGCAGCUGAAGGAGGAGGCCUUGCAGCAGCAGGUGCAGCAGCUGUACUGGUUGUUGGGACAGUUCAACUGCCUCAUCCACCAGCUGGAACAGCCUCACAGCAGAGACCUUGCGCAUCAAACGUCCCUGUGCUUGGAGAGAUUAGGUAGCUUAACACUCCAACCAGAAGAAACGUCCAUUCUGAACUUUGAGGCGGAUGUAUCAUUUCUUCGCCAGGCCAUCACAUCUUUUGGCUCGAUUAAAACAAUGAUUUCUGACAAAGAAGAUUCUGCUCCAUGGAUCUCUGUGCAGAACUCGCCUCUAGAUGCCAAAGUUGAACAGCAGGAGGUGUUGUGUGGCCCGCUGGGGUGCCCUCUCUCCGAGUGGCUCCUGGGAAGCAAACCCGGCAGUGCCCGUCUUACUCCGUAUGUUCCCAGCAGCAACUACGAGGACUGGCUUCUGAAAGCACAGGAGCUGGAUGCCAGCAAGGAUUUAAAGUCUUCCAAAACUUGUUACUUGGAGCAAGCAUGGGGAAAUCUGAAAAACCUGGAGAACUGGCUCCUGCAGAACCAACGGAGAGACGUGCCUGAGGACACGGAUUCCCGCCAGCGCAAGAGUUCCACCUCCUCAGUUAGCUCUUCUUUUUCCAUUGAAAAGAUAGAUGAGUUGGAGUUCGUGGAGCAAGAAGAGAUGGAUCUUUCCGACUGGCUACUUACUCCUUCUGAGUCAGAAACUGCAAAUACCAUCUUGGAUGAGAAAUGGAAGCACGUGUUUAAGCCCUUUAGGGAAGAAUACAAUAUCAGUGACUGGCUCCUCAGAACCGAUUCCUGCAAUAACUGUUGUGGCAACCAAGCUGAAGGCAUAGAGAUAGAAAACCUUGGGAAUCUCAAGUGCCUCACUGACCACUUGGAGGUGAAGAAGUCACCUGCCAAUGAUGCCUGGCUUCUGCAGCCCUCCUUCAGGGUACAAGACAUAUGCAAAGCCAAUGAGCCAUGCUCUAGCUUUUCAGACUGUGUGUGUGACGAAAACUGUGAAAAGGAAGCUCUGUGCAAAUGGCUUCUUAGGAAAGAAGGCAAGGAUAAAAAUGGCAUGCCGAUAGGACAGAAAUCCAGCCCAACCACUGAGUCUGAAAAAAAUAAAACUGCUUUGAACGUCUGGCUUCAUUGUUCCCAACAGCCGACAGAAGAACUAGCCGUUCCCACAAUGAAACAAGACAGCCCUGAGAAGACUGUGGAACCGCUGAAAGAGCUGCUUGAAACCCCGUUGUCCACUUGGCUGCUCAAACCAGAAGUCAAAACAACAAGCACAGAGGAGAAAGCCAGCCAGGAAAAAGCAGAAGUGAGCCGGAAGAAUUCUUUACUGGAUCUUCUGGAACCAUUUCACCUCCCUCUGAAUGUGAACAGUUGGGUGUUGUCUGCACGGAACGCGGAAGCCACCAGCCAGCCUCCAGCGGAAGAUAAAUGGCUGCUACGGAAGAAGGCACAGGACUACGGUCUCCCUACUGUUUGUGACCUGUUUGCCUGCAUGAAGCUAAAAGGGGAUAGAGAAAAAUGGCUGUAUCAAGCCCCUUUACAGAUGUGAAAAAGCCUGAAGCAUUCGUCACUUUCUACUGAUCAGCGCACAUUCAUACAGAGUGAAUUGAAAUCCUGCCGCAUUUGUGUGUCUGGCUCAUCUGCCUUUUCUGAACUUUGAACUCCCCCUUUAGAAGUUGUAUUGACACGUAACUAAGUUAUGAGCGCAGGCGGUGUUUUUGGCUGGGGAGUCAACACCCACCACACGCAAGCAACGCUAUCCUGACAUGCAUCUCAGUGGGCUUUCAUGAUGUGAAUAUCCUUUCCAGACUAAUCGCUUGGAUGCUCUCGCAGUUGUGGAAGUUGGUGCUUUGAGAUCUCUUCCUGUUAUUGGGGCUACGCCUGCAGAACAAUGACUUCUGAUUUGUUUUGUGCCCCAAGGGGCUGGGAGAGAACCAUGUGUGAUUUAAUCCUUCAGCCAUCUCACACACUGCUCUUUCCUUCCCAGGAUGUAUCUUCUCAUAACUGGAAGAGGUAUUUUUAACAAAAGAGCUGUUCUUACUGAUGCUUUUUUGUUGUGGUAAAUACUAAAUUGGUAUCUAGAUCCAUCUUGAAAUAAGAUCUCUGCAUCUUAUGUAAGAUUGCAGGUUCCAGCUCUAUAUAUUGUAUACUAAUCAGUUGGAACGUUCUAAGAUGCUUGGCUAAACCAUUAAGGGAAAUGAAAAGCCUAGGACAAUUUGACAAACAGUACAUGAAGGACUUCCCAGUAACUUUGGUGCCAUUCUAAAUUAGCGCUGGACCUUAAUACCACUUGUGUUCUGGGUAUAGAAUAAACCUAGCAAAAUUGGCACAGAUUUUAAUUUUCGUCCGGUAGAUAAGUGUUUUUUGACUGACUUGGCUAAAAGUUACAUAGAUUUGAUUCAGCAUCAGAGAUUUUUAAAGGAUGUACAUGUGUUUCUAAUCAGUUAAUUAAUUCCUUAAUAGUUUUAAUAAAGUACUUAGUUCUUGAAAACAACAUUCUGCUCAGCUAAAAUCAGAAAAACUGAAAUGCACUCUACUUCUAAAAACUUAAUGGUAUGUGACCCAAGUCUGAGCCCAAGAAACUUUAUUUGCCCAUAGCCUAAUAUUUGUUGCCACUAUGCCUUUUUUCAUUAAACCAUUUCUGUGAAUA